CGCACUAUUCCGUAUCGUCUCAAUCGACGCGUCUGCUGGUCGUAUGAUCGAUAGGAACGCGCGCGGCUACCAUCCGUACGAACCACCGAGAAUAUUGAUUUCGAGUGUUGUGUGUAUCUGUCUUUGGCGUUUCCGUUGGAAAUAAUAUGAGUAAAAUUCCGGGGUACCGUGCAGCAAGAUCAACGGUCAGUCGCGUUUUUCGCUUUGUCGCCGGUAGUUUCGAGCCUCCCUCGAAAAGCAGCGAUUCCGGAAUGCUCCCGAACUCUUUCUUUAUAUAAAGACAGAUACAAUCGACAUUCUCUUUAGGGCUUGAAAGACCACAUUGUUCACUGAGGGAUUUUCGUAUAUGGCAUAUUUCCGAAUGGUUUUCACGCAGGGGAAUGCAGAGCAUUUGUCGUCGAUGGACAACAAGUUGGUCUUGUACGUCCAGAUGUAAUGAAGGAAAUAUUGAAUUAUCCUCAAGUAUUCCAAGUACAACCUGAAUAUGUGCAAUUGAAUCCAGCCUUUCGGGAUUAUACCGAGAGAAGUGAACGUGUUGACGAAGUAUUGAGAGAAUGGAAAGCAGGUGGAAAAUUUGUAACACUACGUGGUUGGAGGGAGGAGUGUCACGAAGUUCGAGCUCAGUUUAAUACAAUCCCAUUGCUUAAGAUGGAUCGUUCAGCUACAUGCUUAUUUGGAAUUCGGAAAUACGGAGUGGACAUAAAUGGCUACGUAAUGGACCCUAUCAAGGGUUUAUCAAUAUGGUUACAAAAGCGUAGUCCUAACAAACAAACCUGGCCGGCUUACUGGGACAGCAUGGUGAGCGGCGGACUGACCGUCGGCUACGGUAUAAACGAAACCGCGAUAAAAGAGGCUUUCGAAGAGGCAGGAAUCCCGAAUAAUCUUAUCGCCAAGCUCAAGAGUGCUGGUUGCGUGUCGUUUUUCUUUGAGAGUGAGAGGGGCCUCUUUCCCAACACGGAAUUCGUAUAUGAUCUUGAGCUGCCACCUGAUUUCAUACCGAGCAAUAGCGACGGAGAAGUAGAAACCUUCGAGUUACUGCCGGUUAGUGAAUGCUUAGAGAGGAUACUAUCCCCGCAUUUCAAGACUACUUCUGUACCAGUCGCCCUUGACUUCUUAAUUAGACACGGAUAUAUCACAGCGGAAAACGAGCCUAACUUCAUACAGAUUGUGGAGUUACUUCACGUACCUCUGCAGACUAUGUACAACUUUCCACACAAAGCGUGUAAAAUAACAGCCAAUGGCGAAGCAAAUUAUGGCGAAGGUUUAUAAAGAAUUUAUGUUUCUCUAGGCUUUUAAUUUAUACCGUGCUAAGGCUAUGAAUUGAAUGAAAUAAUGAAGUUGUUCUUUCUCUCCGUUUCUUCGUUGAACAACUCUACGUAUGCUGUUUGCAAAAUUUUAUAUUAAAUGAUACAGUUAUACACAUGUAAAACGCAAAGAGCUUUUUAUAAAUUAUUGAGCUAUAGGUAGAACGUUUUUAUUACUGAGUUGAACAUAUUUUUGCAUUUAUUCAAAGUUAAUUUUAGUUGCAUAUCUCGUAUUAACAACGAAGAGAAAAAGAGGAAUACUUAAUACGCUUUAUUAACCGCAUUGAUCUUAAGAUGUUUAUGAGGUUUUUGUAACAUGUUCAUUUUCUCCUGUCUACGUACGGCUUUGUGUGAUUCAUGAGACAGGAAAGGCUACGCAUUUUUACGUAUCUUUUGUAUAGCAAAUUAUACCUCUAACUAUAAUGUAAUUCAAACGGUAGAGCGAAAUUUUAGAUAAUUUCUUCCAUCUAAGAGCAAACGUCUUUCCCUUUUUUUUUCUCUGAUAAAAAUUUGAUUAUACAAACGGUCGUGUUAUAUGUUUUCAGUAUAACCUACUUUUGUUGCAUUAGCACAAGAUCGUAUGCCAAUUAUAUUAAUAUCGUGCUUGUCAGCUGAACAGACGCAUUGUACUAAAAGUUAACGAAUAACGUUCAAUGAAAUUAUAAUAACCGAAAAGUAUUAUGGAAACACAGCAUUCCAGAGUAUAAGUUUACUACUAAGCUUGCGUUUAAGUAACCGACAAGUAACGUUGAUGUUUUCAAAUGACUAUAAAACCUACAACGCUGUGCUUAAAAUCACCAGUGCAAGACCCUGGUAGCAUUAAGAUCGUUCACAGUAUUAUGAAAGUAAAGACACAGUAUAACAUUUUGAUGUGUUAAAAGAAAAAAAGAGAAAUUCGCGGUGGUAUCAUGUGCUCGAAAUAUGUGUUCAAUAGUAUUUCAUUAUCGGAAGCGUUCUUGAAUAUAUAGCGGUUUGAUUUACUAGUUUCUAUCUCAAAGGCAAAUCGUAAGCACUUAAUUACUUAUUAAAUACGACAUACUGGCGUUUUAUAAUUAAAAUAUUAAGUACUUCCAGCGUGUAAAAAUUCGAACGAUAUUAUACAUGAAAGCAUCAAUAACUGUACAAGUGGAAAGCACAAACUAACGACUAAUGCAGUUGUACGUUUUCGCGCGCGUUCGUAUUAUAUUCUUAUUUUAAAUAAGAUCAAUGUUAAUGUAGACAAUUUCACGAUUUUAUGCUCUUGUACGGCGUUGAACAGUACGGGAUGAACAGGAAAUAUCGCGGUAUUAUUGCAGUGCUUGAAUACGUCGUAUAUAUCUUAUUUGUACAUAAUAAUAUUUAUUUAUAAUUCUCAUUCUUUUUCGUGCUUUGAAAGAAAUCACAAGUUUAUCAAGUUGCGCAUUGAGCUAAUGCCGUAUUAUCGCUUUGUACCGAGGCACUUUGACGAGGGUAUCAAUGACUAUUUGUUAUUAACGCGACUCAUGUGUGAUAUAUAUAUAUAUAUACUUUACAUCGCAUUUAAAAGGAAAAUUGUUAUAUAUACCUCAUAAAACAAAUACUUACUCAUAUCGAUUGAUCUGUUAAUGUUCUUGUUAAAUUCAUUAUUACGAAAAUCGCAUUACGUGUAUGAGUGUGGAAUGCAGCGUAUCAUGUAUUUGUUACGAUAUUGAUUAUAAUGAUAUCUCAUAAUAAAUUAUCGCGUUUAUAUAUUGCACAAAAAGGCACACACGAGCACUUGUACAUGCCAAACCGUAGUCUCACAAACACGUCCGGUUCAGGUAGUAUCAGUUUCGAUCACACUGAUCUUUUAUGACUUUUGUACGAUGGGACAAGGACGGAGUGUGUAUUUCGUAUAUAGUAUAGCUAUAGUAAUUCGAAUCUUUUUUUUUUUUUUUUCAAGUAUAAUUUCAUACUCGCGCAUAUAUAUGCCGAUGAAUUGACAUUACGACAUAAUAUUAUAGAAUCGUCAGUUUAACAACGUAAAUUUCUCAGUCAAGUUCGAAGAACCGACUUAAUCGCGAACUGCGUGUAGUAGAUUUCAUAAGUUUAAUACUUUUGUAAUAACGAUAAAAUGUAAUAAUAUACUAGUCACGCUCAUCUUUAUCACUCUGCUGUCUCUUGUAACGAUUGAUCUGGUCAUCAAACAUGACGUUUGUGAUACACUUAUUCUAAGUGAGAUAUCGUUUCCUACUAUGAUUCUGUUUUGUGAUUCGGAUGAAUAGGACUGGUUGCACACACAAUGGUUUGUCGCAUGAAUUAAGAUAGCAUUACGUUACAUGCCAUAUCUACACGCCGACGAUCUAUCGACUUGGUUCCAACGGCAAUGUCGGGGAAUUACGCGUUUGAAACGAGAGUGUUUAUGGCCCGAUUAACAGUGAAGCUAAUUUAACUACAGACUGUUACAUAUAUUAUAAUGCAAAUUUGCCAGUUUUGCAUAUACGUACUAUUGUGACUUUGAGUGAUUAUUGUAUGUGAUUAUAUAAUACCAAUUAACUUGAGCGCAUACCGCUUAGCUUUUGCAUCCUCUGUUGCAGCCUAAGUAUGUAUCGAUUAAGUAAGAAGACGAACCAUCUCGCGAAGUCGAUUCUUUCGCAAUUGUUACGGUCGAAUUAACCGGCGUGCUAUACGGCUCGCGACCUCCCCCCCCCCCGACUGGUGGUUUCGCUCCUUGAGUUAUCACGCGAAAAAGCGUAGCUUUUUUGCAGAAGGUACGACCGAUUGACAACGUCGAAGACAAAUCUCGCAGGAUCCCUCCAUGUGUGAUAGCAAUUUAAUUACAGAUGUUAUUUCUGAACGAUUCCGGUUUCAAACUUUACACAGGACCGCGGGCAAUUCUUUCAAGGUCCAUAAAGAAAGAAAGAAAGAAAUUUCAAAAGAAUCAACCCACGGUUCUGCCUUGCGAGUGACAUUGUUCCAUAUAAAUUUGUGGACAUUCGUUCGAAAAGCAGAGGUCGGUCGUGCCUAAAAACCGAGUGAACGAGUGAAGUAACGGUCACGGAGGGCAAACGGGGAGGGUCUUUGUCUCUCUGGAGAAAGAUGCAUAACGUGCACAAUGUUAAGCCAUGGCACGCUAAAUCCAGCGCGUCCCGAAGGAAUAAGAGAGAGACAACAAACACAAACAAUUAUAAUCGGGAAAUUAAUGUUCAGGAGCAAAGGAUUGACUGACUUCUCUGUUUUAGCACGAGACAUACUUCAGUUUUGAAAUGAAAUCCGACUCGUGUGAGAGAAAGAUGAUUUAUCCCCUUAAAAAGUAACACGUAUGCAUUGGAGCAGAAUUAUAAGAAUAGGGCAUAACACGCAAGGAUUUUAAACAUACUCCAAACGCGUUCGUACAUCGUUAUUCCAUUCGCUCCUAUUUUCACACAGAUUUAACUUUAUAUUCUGUAAAGAUGCGAAUCGUUUAACAAUAGUAAGAGACUUAAGAAACUAUAGAGUGUCGAUUGCAUCGAAGAUGCAGCCAAAAAUGUAAGAGAUGUGUAGUUCUAGGAUCAAAUAAUUGUACUUACAUAAACGAUGAGAAACAUU